AGAGGUAUAUGACUAUCUGCAGUUAGGGCAGAAGCUAUUUUCCACAUGGACUUGAGAACAUUAGACGAAAAUGCUAAGGAUUCUAUUAGCCCACCAUCUCAUCAGAUUGAUCCAAGUCGGACUAAAAGCAUCAACACAAUAAAAAAUCCCAGACAAGAAUCAAGAACAGAUUAUUCAGAAAACCCCAAAGAGUUUCUGGAUCUCUCUAACAAACGUCUAAGCCUUUCAGACAUAUCUCCAAUAAUUAAGUCUCAUAGAUAUGUCAAAAAGUUGGAUUUGUCCAGUUGUGGUCUUGCAACAUUACCUGAGGGUCUUGAAUACUGUGUUGAACUGGAAGAACUAAAUCUAUCAAACAACCAUCUAAGCCAUUUGCCUUCAUCUUGUUGGCAUUAUAUACCUUGGUGUACAUUGAGAAAGUUGAAUUUGUCCGGUUGUGGACUUGGAAAGUUACCUGAGGGUCUUAAAUUUUGUGAUGAACUGGAAGAACUGAAUCUAUCUAACAACCCACUAAGCCAUUUUCGUUCACGUUUUUGGGGUUCACGCUUGCCACAUGCAGCAAUUUUUCUCCCAGUCCCACAGGCUCGCAUUUUCCAGCGGAUUUGCAGUGAAAAAUUAAAAAUUUUACAUUUUGCACAGUACUGGCCAGUUUGUGUAAGAUGUCCGCUGACAAUACGAGCCCGCAUGAGUGGGAGACAUUUCGCUAAAUUUCACCAACGUGCUUAUAUACCUUGGGGUACAUUGAGAAAGUUAGAUUUGUCCGGUUGUCGACUUAGAAAGUUACCUGAGGGUCUUAAAUUCUGUGAUGAACUGGAAGAACUGAAUCUAUCUAACAACCCUCUAGGCCUUUCAGAAAAAUGUUUGUUGAAAUAUAUACCUCGAGGUACCUUGAAAAAGUUGGAUUUGUCUGGUUGUGGUCUUACUGAGUUGCCUAACGAUUUGGAAGAAUGGAGCAACCUACAAGAGUUGAAUUUUUCCAACAAUUUCUUUGACCAUCAAGAUCUAUUAAAAAAGCUAAAUAGUGGGAAGGUGUUUAGUUAUUCAGGUUUUCAUAAAAGUGGCAAGGAACUAUUAAAACCCACGGCCAGUGGUUUGAGGUUGUCCAAACAAACCAGGAUCAUAUUUGAAGAUGCCGUCUAUACGCAGAGUGGUGGAGGUUAGACAUCUAUUGUUUGAUAAUCAUAUUGAAUAACAAUCCGUUGGUCUUACUUUUCGGCAGACUCUACAUAUAUAACCCUCUGACAAACCGUCUAAUUUGGUGGGAAAAUAAAGCAAAACUACACCAAUGUUUAUGCUAUGUCAAACAUUUAACUAA